CGGCACCGACCCAGCCGGGCCGGGAUGGCACCGGGCAGCCUGGCACCCUAAAGGGUCAGAGCCCAGCGGGCAGGGUGGGAUCUUGGUGAACUGGGCAGGACCGGGUGGGACGGGGCUGGAAAGGGCAGGAUGGAACCCUAAAGGGUCGGAGUGAAGCCGCUGCCUCCCGGCGCAUCCCGCUCUGGUGCUACAAAGGGGCCCCAGCACCGGAGAGGACACUGACGGCUGGGAACGCCACCAUGGCCAACCUGACAGCCACGAGCGGCGGGAGGAACUCGUGCACCUACCACGAGGAGUUCAAGCAGGUGCUGCUGCCCCUGGUGUACUCGGUGGUGUUCGUGGUGGGGCUGCCCCUCAACGCCGUGGUCAUCGGGCAGAUCUGGCUGGCGCGGCAGGCGCUGAGCCGCACCACCAUCUACAUGCUCAACCUGGCCGUGGCCGACCUGCUCUACGUCUGCUCCCUGCCCCUGCUCAUCUACAACUACACCCAGAAGGACUACUGGCCUUUCGGGGACUUCACCUGCAAAUUCGUGCGCUUCCAGUUCUACACCAACCUGCACAGCAGCAUCUUCUUCCUCACCUGCAUCAGCGUCCAGCGCUACCUGGGCAUCUGCCACCCCCUGGCCUCGUGGCACAAGAAGAAGGGCAAGAAGCUGACGUGGCUGGUGUGCGCGGCCGUGUGGUUCAUCGUCGUCGCCCAGUGCCUGCCCACGUUCGUCUUCGCCUCCACGGGCACGCAGAGGAACCGCACGGUGUGCUACGACCUGAGCGCGCCCGACCGCUCGGCCGCCUACUUCCCCUACGGCAUCACCCUCACCUUCACCGGCUUCCUGCUGCCCUUCGCCGCCAUCCUGGCCUGCUACUGCAGCAUGGCGCGCAUCCUGUGCCAGAAGGACGAGCUCAUCGGCCUGGCCGUGCACAAGAGGAAGGACAAGGCCGUGCGCAUGGUCAUCAUCGUGGUCAUCGUCUUCUCCAUCAGCUUCUUGCCCUUCCACCUGACCAAGACCAUCUACCUGAUCGUGCGCUCCUCGCCCGCGCUGCCCUGCCCGGCCCUGCAGGCCUUCGCCAUCGCCUACAAGUGCACGCGGCCCUUCGCCAGCAUGAACAGCGUGCUCGACCCCAUCCUCUUCUACUUCACGCAGCGCAAGUUCCGCGAGAGCACGCGCUACCUCCUCGACAAGGUGAGCUCCAAGUGGCGCCACGACCGCUGCGUCACCUACGGCUCCUAGGCGAGGACGAGGCCACUCGGUGCCACUGAGGCGCAGAGCAAUUUUGGUUGACCGCUGCGUCACCUACGGCUCCUAGGCGAGGACGAGGCCACUCGGUGCCACCGAGGCGCAGAGCAAUUUUGGUUGACCACUGCGUCACCUACGGCUCCUAGGCGAGGACGAGGCCACUCGGUGCCACUGAGGCGCAGAGCAGUUUUGGCUCUGAGCUCCACAGAGCAGAGAUGGCUUCACCAGGGACAUGCUGGAGGGGAGGAGGAUCCAUCUCCCAAGCUGUCAGCCUGGUGGUGGAUCCGUGGUGAUCCACCUCCAUCCAGUGGUGCGGUGUUAACCCCAUCACAGAUCCAGUGUUCUCCCCCUUGCUCACCUGGAGCAGCUCAGCACCUUGGUGGUCAAGGCACUGAUGCAAUAAAAAUCCACUGGGACCGUGGAGAGCAAGAUGGAGCUCCGUGGAGGACACAUCCCUGGCUCAGCUGCUGGCGGAUGGUUUGUCCCCAUACUCAAUUAAAAAUUCCCUGAUGGUGACAGCAUGAAGGCUGGGGAGGGUUUGGUUCAGCCCAGCUCAAGAUCAGGGUCACAGGUGGUUUUAGUGAAACAUCCUUUUUGGGACAUCCCUAUCCCCCAGUGCCUGGAAUGAGGUCACACCAGCAGGAGACACAAGCUCACUGGUAUUGCUGGUGCUGCAAAAUGGUGGAGGAGCACCCUGGAUGGACUGGGAACAGGAAAAGGGGACAUCAGGGCAACUGGAACACCCAUGCUGGAUUUCCCACUGAAGCCAUGACCAUGGGCUGGGUUAGGCAGCAUUGUCACCUGCCUGGGGACCUCCAUAAAUCCAGCUCCCUGCUCAGCUCAACACCCCAAGUCUGGCCCAUGCUGGUGCCAGUGGUGCCCUGCUGUCACCUCCUAACCAGGAUCCACCACAAUCAGAGCCAGCACACGUGGACACAGCGCCCAGAGUUGGAAGAUUAAUUCCACAGAGAGCUGCUCAGUGUCCUGGCCAUGUCACCACACAUCCCACAGCUGGCUUGGCCUCUCCAUGGGGCUGGGACUUCUGCGUUGACCCCCAGCCUCUGUUGGGAUGCUGCUCCCUCACAGCAAGGAGGGAUUUGAGAGGCGGAUGCAGCACUCACCGCUCUUCUCUAACGUAUAGGAUGUAUAGAAUUAACUCCCUGCUCUCUCUCAGAUGGGUGUAUACACCCACUGUGUGUGCAGACAUAGAAUAUAUCCCAGCAGAGGGAGGUUUGUGGCCCAGCCCAGGCUCUGCAGUGCAGAAAUUCUCUGCCUGAACACGGUAUAUGUAUCUAUACAGUGUGUAUAUAUAUAUAUAUAUAAUAUAUAUGUGGAUGACUGCA